AUGCAGGGGAAGAGGCUUGUUAUGGGAUGUUUAGGGGAGGAACUAAAGGUGGAGGAAGGGAUGAAUUCAGGUGAUUUGGGGAGGAACGAGUGUGGGGAAAAUAGAGAGGGCUCUCCGUUCUGUGUGCGUGGGUGGGUUCUGGGUGCCAGCAACCGGAGUCAAGACACUGCAUCAGAGGGCCCGGGUGUCUGUGGUGCCAGCGACAGGAGAGACCUGAGUGAGCGAAUGUCAGGGCCAGCCACGGAAGCGGCACUGUGGGUCGCAGGGGCCUGUGUGUCCGUUGCACCAGCAACUGACGAGGUGGUACAGGCAAACUGCGUCCGCUGGAAGAAAAAGUUCUUAUUUAUGUGUAAAAUCAGUGCCAGCGCCACGACAGGGAUUCUGGAUACUUGCAUUUGCAGGGUAUCUGUACGGAAGGAGUUAAAAGGAGGAAAGGCAUAUGCAAAGCUGGGAUUUGCAGAUCUAAAUCUAGCAGAGUUUGCUGGAUCGGGAAAUACCACUCGUCGCUGUUUACUGGAAGGUUAUGAUACCAAAAAUACAAGACAGGAUAAUUCCAUUCUCAAAGUUUUGAUCAACAUGCAGCUAAUGUCUGGUGACCCAUGCUUUAAAACGCCUCCUUCCACAGCAAUGUCUAUAGCAAUUGCUGGAGAAUCGGAAUCUUUGCAUGAAGACAGGAAAGGUGGAGAAAAUUUAAAAGUAGCACAUCUGGGCAUAGCAGAUGUCUCCUCAAAGAGUGCCUCAGUCCCAGAUGAACUUGGUGCAUGUGGACAUUCCAGGACAUCAAGCUAUGCAAGUCAGCAGUCAAAACUGUCAGGAUACAGCACAUGCCACUCCAGAUCCUCCAGUCUGUCCGAACUCUGCCACAGAAGAAACGCCUCGGUGGGUAGCGCCUCAACAGGAAUUGGAAGUGUUCUAGAGCCAUGUGAAGAGACUGAGCCAAAAGUAACUGAAGCUAAUAUUGAUACACCUGUUAAAGAUGCACCAUCAGAAAAACCCUGCAGACAUCCUGUAAAGCAAGACUCUGUGGAGUCACAGCUGAAGAGGGUCGAUGCUACCAGAGUUGAUGCUGAUGAUAUAGUUGACAAAAUACUCCAGAGUCAAGACUUCAGUUUAGACUCAAGUGCAGAAGAAGAAGGUUUAAGAUUAUUUGUGGGCCCUGGUGGAAGCACUUCUUUUGGAAGCCAUCAUCUACCCAACAGAGCAGCAUCUGGAGCAUAUGAGCAGGUGGUGAUAAAGCGUUAG